UUUUCCUCUUGUUUUAUUUUAGCCUCGUAUCCACUUUUGACACAUAUAUAUACCCCUUCAUACCCUCUCAUAAUUCCUCAUCCAAAACCAGAAGAAAAAAAAAAUUCAUUCAUUUUCAAUCUCACUUCUCUCUUCUUCUCUUGUGCUAUAUAUCUCUUGCUUAAUCUUUGUCUUUACAAAAACAAAACAAAAAAAAUAUGUCUGGGGUUUGGGUGUUCAAGAAUGGCGUGUUUCGAUUGGUCGAGAAUCCUCAAGCAGAAUCGGAAGUAAGGCAUGGGAAGAGGAAGAUGUUGGUUCACUUGCCCACAGGGGAAGUGGUAACUUCUUAUGCUUUUCUUGAGAGAAUAUUGAUUGGUUUAGGUUGGGAGAGGUACUAUGAUGGAGAUGUUGAUUUAUACCAAUUUCAUAAACACUGUUCUAUUGACCUAAUUUCUCUACCUAAAGAUUUCUCCAAGUUCAAUUCCAUACAUAUGUAUGAUAUUGUCAUAAAAAACCCUAAUGUUUUCCAUGUUAGGGAUAAGUGGUAAUUUUGGAUGCUAAUUUUGGAUGCUACUACUAGCUAAGUAGCUAGCUCCUUCAUUUAUCUUUUUUUUAGGGGUUUAGGUUUUUUUUAUGACGCUGGUGUGUUUUUCUAUACAUAUAUAUAUCUAGAGUUUUGUGGAAACUCUAGUGAUAAAGCUUGUUGAUUUCUUUUUGGUUUAUGUUCAUAGAGAGGGGAAUAAGUAAAAUAUAGAUGAUUGAUGGUGUUGAUGUGUUUGACUUGACUAGUGUAUAUUUGCUUGGAGUGCUCUUUGUAACAUAUUGAGUAUUGGUUUCUAAUAAUAUCUUUAUUUCUUGCAUUUCAAUAA